UUGGCGCGCAGUUUUAAUAAAUUCGAAAAGAGGCGGAGCCCUGCCGCGCCCUCCCAUCUCUCUCUCUCUCUCUCUCUCUCUCUCUCUCUCUCUCUCUCUCUCUCUCUCUCUCUCUCACCCCGGCUUCGGUUAUGUCUCUGUUUUAGGGUUUUGAGUCUCUGGCUUCGAUCUAUAGUCCAUCCCCUUCUAUGCUUAAAGGUAAUAAUGGAAGGAAGGGCUCAAGAGCUUGGAGAGUUGCGUAAGACUUAGUUUUUGAGAUAAAAUUGUCCUUGAUAUGAGGCGGAAACCCAUGGCGUUCAAACAAAAGAAGCGAGUGAAGAAUGCAUGCAAUAAGUACUUGAAACCUGGUGCACUUGCCCAGCUCCGUGAUGGGAGGACAACAGCGAGAUCUUGCACAGAUAUAGGCAAGAAAAGGAUUGUCUUCAACUCAGAGAAGGCAAAACUAGUUCUACUGCAUAAGGAAGAGGUUACUGUUCACAGCAAUACACCUGUUGCAUCUCCAAUUAGGAUCAAUUUCCAGACAAUGGUAGAUGGAAAUAAGCAGCAGAAAUUGCCCGUAACACCUAAAACACCAGAAGGGGUGGACUGCGAUAAUCAAUCGAGGCUCGAAUCUCUUUCUAUUGACCUACUGGUUAAAAUCCUAUGCCACUUGCAUCAUGAUCAGCUAAAAGCUGUUUUCCAUGUUUCUCAGCGAGUACGAGCAGCUGUCCUUCUGGCCAGGCAACUUCAUUUCAAUUACACAACUCCAGACCGGUCUAGACAGGAGAUGCUCAGUACAAAGACACCUCUUCCAACAGAGCAUUGGCCUUUUGUGAGCAAGGGAGAUGGGAAUGCUAUCCAGGGAUCGAGUCCGCACACUCCAAAAGCUCCAAGGCAUGGGCCUCGUCCUUUUCGUCUUCGCAUGAUGGACAUGAAACAGAUUGCAGCUGUUCUUUUUCAGGAGUCUGUGUUACCUUCAACACGCAUGGUGCCACCAGGUUUGCCAAGGCCUGCAUUCAAGCCUGUGGCUUCUAGUAGAGUCCUAUUUUGUGAGGACGAGCUAUGCCAAGCAGUAGCACAGAAUAAGCUUCGUUGAAAAUUCUACCAACUCUCUUAGCCAUCUCUUCUUAUAUAGAUAUCCUUUUUCUCCUUUCAUAAUGUUCGUAGCAGCAGUGUAUGCAGGUUUCUAUCUUGCAAAUGCUGCAUUAGGUAUUAGUGAAAGUUCCAACUUAGAAGGGGCUGAGACAUGGAAAUUAUCAGCUUCUAACGUGCUUGGUCAUGAGUCUUUAAAGUUUUAGUCAAGCUCUUUGUAUAGUUCUAUAUCAUAUAGAUGUUUUCUCCUAUAGUGUUUUUCCUAAAUAUAUCCUAUAUUUUAUUUUUUUAAUGCUUAAAUUCCA